UGCUGAACGCGACCAUUGUAGCGGAGGCUUUACGGAACCUACGCAAGUUAGUUACAGUGGUACCAACUUUGUAACUAGAAAUAUAGCUAAUUCGGAACGCACCCACUGUGACGCAGCUUGUUGGCGCGCAGGCCGCCAUACUCUUGCAAACGACCGAAGGUUGCGCAUCUCUUACUUGAGGAUCUCUAAUCUAACAACACUGCCGCUGACAUCUACAAUUCUCGGGUACACCUUGAAGCACGGAGAACCGCGGCGGUGGCGUAUACCGUGGUGAGGUACAUAGUGUGAAUUCGCGUGAGGCAAGCGGGAGGACACUUUGGCUUGCUUUGCCUGUCAUUAGACUGUCGCGAGAGGCUUCCCCGAUGACGUGACACGCCGAGUGAUCGAUAGCACUCCGCGCGCCCCAGUCCGACGUCGUCUCGAGCGGGAUACAUUCCGUCUCCAUCAGAAUCGUCACCGAUCGGCUGCUAUGCCCCGCGGUAUCCUAAGUGAAUUAAACUAUUAACACUUGUCCUCCGAACUGACAGCGAAACUACGCAUCGGAUGCCGGGCGGUUCCGCGAUCUCGCGCCGAGAAUCCGGAGUCAGGAUGGCCGGCAGCAUGUCCGACGCGACGCGUUUGAAGUACACCUGUGUCAACGAUCUCCUGGCGAAGGCGAAGGUCAGUUACAAGGGUAUAGAGCCGCGCUACGUGCACCAGAGACUCCCGGCUAUGCAAAGCAAGGCCGACCAGGCGAGGAAGGAACGGGACGACGAGACCGCGUACAUCAUGUUGAAGAGGUGGCUGGACGCGGUCGAAUGGUUGAGGAGGAUGGCAAGUCACGUUAAGGACAGCAAGUCUGUCCAUUCUUAUACUAAGAACAUACCUGACGCCAAGAUAAAUGAAGUGAAAAACGUACUUGCAGAGAUGAAGCAAAAGUUGGAAGUGCGCUAUGAGCUUAAUUCCAAGAGGCAAAACGACAAGGUGGAAAGAAUGGAGGUAGAAACGAGCGAAUCCGAGGCACCGAACAGCGACAUUGGAUUGAAAUUGCCAGAAAUACCGACUGACGAUCCAACGUAUAUAAAUUUGUGCAGCGACAGUGACAAAUUUAUAUCGUGCGAUCAGGUGUAUUACCUGAUACAUAAGAUAGGCAUCAGAUAUUUGAUCAUUGACACUAGGCAGAAGGUUCAUUACGAAAGUUCUAGGAUAUUGUCCGACAGAUGUAUCAACAUUCCGCAGUCUGAGAUCAGAAUAGGAUUACUGGGCUGUCACUUUGAAAAGUGUUUCACAAAGGACAAGUGUGCACGUCAAUUAUUUGUCGAUCGAUCGGCACAGCACAUAGACAUUUUAGUCUUGGUAGACUGGAAUGCUACUCAGGAGACCCUGGCACAGUCCUACGCUCUGAAUGUACUAAAGGAUAUUUUCGAGAAGUGGGACCCCACUGUAAAGCAUAAUAAGAUUUCGAUUCUGAAUGGAGGAUAUCAAGAAUGGCUGGCGCGGUAUCCGGCGUUUACAACGAAUCCCAGUAUCCAGAUACCAGAGUUCAACAAUGUCGAGAAUGAGCUUUUGGAAACUUUGAAUGGAGAUUUUGAAUAUCCCGAUUGGUUGGAGUCUGAAGAGGAAGACGAGAUCCUGAAGAAGGAUCGAUUAAUUACAAGCAAAUUGAAUAACAAGAAGAUUGUUGUGGAAAUGGAUCACAGCGACAACAAAUCGGCGGCACCCAAGCAUGCCAGAUCAAAUAGCAAUGACAACACGGUUUCUUCAAACAAAUCCAAUAAUUUUAUUACUCAUGUAACAAUAUCAAUUGACGACAAACGACCGCCUCGGGGUGACACGGUGAAUGGACAACGAUUGGAGAGUCCAGAAAGUCCAGUGUUAUCUCAGCCUAAGACAUUGUUGAAUAAAAUGACGCAAAAUGAAGUGAACCUGAAACCGGUGAUUGAUCGCAGUAGUAAACCGACCGUCUUGAAGACAUAUGAUCCACGAUGUAAGGAGGUAUUAAGGUUCAUGAAAGAAUUGAACGAACUGGCAAAGUCGAAAGCGAAGCUCGCCAACGAAUUGCUUGACCAAGAAUGCGCGCUUUAUUCGCCGCGUAAGGAUAAGUACAGUCCCAGUGAUGAAAAGUAUCUGCGAGCAGAAAUAAAGUCUCUAAAAGUCAAAUUAGAAGAUAUGCACAAAAUGUAUGACAAAAUCGAAAAUGAGUAUAAGACUUAUUUAAAGGAGGCAGAUGCAAUCAAAUUUAAUGCCACCGAGGAUAAUGAGAAGAAGAAUCUUGAACUUACUCUCUCUCUGGAAAAGAAUAAAAUCAAAGACAUUGAAGCCAAGAGAAAAAAAAUACAGGAAGAAUUCUUACAAAGAGAGCAUAAGGAUUUAAUGAAGCAAAACGACAGUGAUGUUUACAAAGAGCCCUUGAAGACUGACGGUUCAUCCAUUAACACCGGCCUGGAGCGUUCCUAUUCGAGUCCAAAUCUGUUACAGUUGGGAGAUCGUAAAGCACCUCAGAUAGAUAGAACUUCUAAGCCACAUAUUUCGCCUCGCAAUCAGAAUGGAUUGGGAAUUGGGAAUGAGAACAUCAAAGUGUCUCCUCUUAGUUGGGGAAAUCGGGAGGAACGAAUGACCCCUAUUCACGGCACUGUUCAUCCGGGCAUAACCGGCCUGAAGAAUUUGGGCAAUUCUUGUUACAUGAACAGCAUCAUUCAGUGCUUGAGUAACACGACGAACUUAGCGAAAUAUUUUACCGAUAACUCGUACGCUGACGAUCUCAACACGAAUAAUGACAAUGUGACACAAGGCCAAGUGGUGGAAGAAGUGGCUCAAGUAAUUAAGGCGCUGUGGAGAGGCCAGUACAAAAGCAUAUCUCCUCACGACCUAAAGGUUGCAGUUGGACAAUACAAAUUGCAAUUUGAAAGUUACGAGCAACAAGACUCCCACGAAUUUCUUACGUUUCUCUUAGACUGGAUGCAUAAUGAUCUUAAGAAGGAGGCGAAAAUGUUGAUCGAAAUGACCAACGCGGAGAAAGAAUGGGACAAAGCGAUGAACUCGCAGAGAUCUAUAAUAUCGGACUUAUUUUUCGGACAAUUAAGAUCCACCAUUACAUGUUCAUUUUGCAAGCAAGCGAGUACUACGUACGAGACAUUUAAUAGUUUAACAAUGUCUUUAUCUCAGUCCAAUCGGUGUACUUUAAAUGAUUGUAUGGAAAAGUUUGUGACAGGACAGAAAGUGAGCGGAUGGAAGUGUCCCAAAUGCCAGACGCCACGCGACGCGACGAAGAAGUUCGAUUUCGUCAAACUUGCACCCAUCGUCGUGAUUCACUUGAACCGCUUUGCCGAGAGCGGCGGAUGGUUGGAGAAACGCAACACCGCCGUUGAUUUUCCCCUCACGGGAUUCAACCUGAAGCCGUACCUCGUCUUGGAGAACACGAGGACGAUCAUGUCAAACAAUAUCCGUAAUUACAAUUAUACUUUAUACGCGAUAUCGAAUCACUACGGAACAAUGGAAGGCGGUCACUACACGGCGUACUGCAAAAACGCUACUCAAAAUAAAUGGUACAAGUACGAUGAUCAAACUGUCACGGAGGCGUCGCCGAGCCAAGUAAAGUCUCAAAAUGCGAAUGCCUAUUUAUUGUUUUAUACGUCAUUUCCAAACACGAUUAUGUAGUAUGAGGACACGGCCACGGAUGUGAACAAGAUCCAGCUAUGACGAAAGUCUUCAGUGUGAUAUUACUUAAGGGAAGGAGUACACAUGAAUAUGAUUUUCGACGCUCUAUAGAUAUUAAACGAUUAUAUUUUGUAUGAUAAAUUCCCUAUGCACGAGCAAAACGUGUGAUAGGGAUCGUGAUGAUAUUGAAAGCUUCAUCGGUGCUGGCAUUCAUUAUUAAGAAAUGUAAAUACGUAUGGCGAUUUUUCUGUAUUUCUGCAGUCUGUCGCUUUAGGGGUAAAGCAAGAUAUAGCUGUACGCGAGAAUAUUUUAAUAUGUGUACAGCUUCGUAUAAUUAUAUUAGUGUACCUAAAUACAUUAGUCAGAUUACAUUAUAUUCGUUUAGCAUUUUGCAUUAUUGUAGCCGGAUUAUGUGUUUUGCUUUGUAUGUUAAAACAAAGCGAAAGGGGCCAUAGUUCCUUGCCUUAUCAAGCAAUAUAGAUGGCAUUUUUGAGGGAUUUAUUCGAAUUUUGAAAUCCAACUGUUAAAAAUGUGCUUCAGUUAAUCAUAUUUUGCACAAAUAGUUUUUCAGCAGUCAUGAAUAGCGUUUAACAUAGGCAUAGACAAAAGGCAUACACGUCGUAUGCGGUUUAGACCGGAUUAGCAGCACACUAACUGCCUUCUUCGCUGCGCUGCCAGUAUUGUCGCAACGUACGACCAUUUUGUACGUGAAGCAAAAUGCUUCGUUGAAACGUACGCUUUAAAAAAGAAAAACGGUUGAGCAGAAUUCCGUUACGUACGAACUAUUGUGCGCGUGUAUAUGUAAGUUUAUUGGCUUUCGAGCAGCCCAAAGAACACAUCACAUUUUAUAAUUAGUCAUACAUGUAAUAUUUCUAUACCCAGAAAAUAAUAUUUCAACGAAGGCUAUAUAUAAUAUACGAUCUUUGCAAAUACAAGCUACUUUCAUACUUUGUGGCAAUGCGUUUAUGUAUAUAAUUAUAUUAGUAAUUUAUAUAUGUAACUAUAUUGGUACAGUUAUGCUAAUAUAUUUAUGUAUAUAAAUGUGUUCCCGCGAGUAGUAUAAUAUAACAAACCUCGAAUAUUUUGUAUGUAUUUGCCGUACAUAUUGACACAGAGUGUGAAAGCAAUUUUCAGUUGCAAAAGCUAGAAUUAGAUGAAUUUUGCGUGAGUUCGCUAGUUCGUUACACAACUCACAUUAUUGAUUUAUUAUUGCCAUAUAUAAUUAUAUUAUUAUUAUUCGUGUGAGGUGCGUAAUAUACUUCUAAAAUGUCAAGGAAAAGCGCCAAUAACAUCGUGAUUUUGUGCAACGAA